CUUUACCGAAACGUAAUGGAGAUGAAAUCUGUGUUUCGUUCUGCUUUGGUCUUUUUAAUCGUUUUGAGUUGCUGUUGCAGGUUUACAAAGAAUGAAACUCUUGAUUCUUCGACAGACGUAUUGACUCUUGAAUCGGUUAGGCAGUCUUUGAUUAGACAGGAAGAUACAAUUGUCUUCAGUCUCAUCGAGAGGGCAAAAUUUCCGCUUAAUUCUCCGGCUUACAAUGAAUCUUCAUUGAAUAUUCCAGGGUUUUGUGGAUCUUUGGUUCAGAAUGUCGUCAAAGAAACAGAGGCGAUACAAGCCAAGAUUGGUAGAUAUGAAAGUCCUGAAGAACAUCCUUUCUUCCCAGAUGAUUUACCGAUGCCAGUGGUGACCCCUUACAACUACCCACAGGUAUUGCAUGCUGCCGGGGCUUCCAUCAAUAUAAAUAAGAAUAUAUGGGAUAUGUAUUUCAAUCAACUUCUUCCUCUAUUUGUUGCUGAAGGCAAUGAUGGAAACUAUGGUCCCACUGCAGCAUCUGAUCUGGACUGUUUGCAGGCCCUGUCUAGACGGAUCCACUAUGGGAAAUUUGUAGCUGAGGUCAAGUUCAGAGAUGCUCCACAGGACUAUGGGCCUGCAAUACGUGCUCAGGACAGUGAUGCUUUGAUGAAACUGUUGACAUUUGAGAGUGUCGAAGAGAUGGUGAAGAGGAGGGUUGAGAAGAAGGCCAAGGUGUUUGGGCAAGAUGUGAGCCUCGAUGACAAAGGGGACAAAGGGAAGUACAAGAUCGAUCCAUCCAUAGUUUCUCGCCUCUAUGGAGAAUGGGUGAUGCCUCUAACCAAGGUUGUUCAAGUUCAAUAUCUGCUCCGGCGCCUGGACUGAAGCCUUCCUUUCUUUUGCCAUCCAAAUGUAGUAAGAUGAUGUCCAGGCCAGCCUAGAAAUAAAUUUGUUUACUUGUUCAUUGUCUCUUAAAACACUCUAAAAUGCCCUGUACUUGGAUGCCUUAUUAAAUAAACCAGUGCUGAUUGGAGAGACUAAUGCGUUUGAAGUCUGAAACUCUAGAAAACAUGUACAUAUAUUGUAGAUGCCUGCUUGUGCGGUUGUGAGGUGAUAUAUCCAUUCUAUUC